CAUGGAAGUUGGAACAGGUCAUUCCAUAACAUCGACUUACUGACAGCACAUUAUUGUAGCUGUAAGCUCCCCGAUACACAAUCGCGGUGACAUCACGUCUGGACAUCGGGCCUACACCCACUCCUCUAGAUUAUUAUCAGUUUCCUCGGCAGAAUUACAAACAUGGAUCUUGGGCAUGAUGAUUCUCCUUGGGGCGAUGAGCCUCCUCGAUCAACUUCAAGUCAGAGUAUCCCCAAGACUAGCGAAGAUAGCACUCAAAGCCUUGAAUCAUCCACCGCAACCACCACAUCUACCGACGAUGCUGCCCCUCGCUCAGGCAGAAGCCGUGGUCAUCGACCCGUCAAGCGAUUCGGAACACAACCAACACGCUUAGAAGCUAUUGAUGAUGCUUCAGAUCCGCUUGGCCCAUUAGGUGACAGUUUCGUCGCGCCUGAAGCUGAGGGCCCUCCCGCGCCGCCUCUCAAAGAACAAUCCAGUGCAGCCACUCCGGUGCGCCCUGCCCCUAAAGCAACCGUCCCGAGCUCUUCGGCGACAUCAUCUGUCCGCGGAAUGAUGGAGUCCGUCAAUCUGGAUGACGAGGUUGAAGAAGACAUAUCCUCUAGAGCUGGAGCGAGAAUACCCCCGCCGGUGCAACCGGCAGAGGCUACUACCGGCCUAAGGCGACAGGUUCAGCCGAGCGUGAGUGUCUCGGAGGCGGCGAAGCCAAGUUUCUACAUCAUAGUAGGAGAUCCGCACAAAGUAGGGGAUCUUACGAGCUCGCAUACUGUGUAUCAAGUCCGGACGAAAACGACCUCAAAGGCCUACCGUAACCCGGAAUUCGAAGUCUCACGACGAUACCGAGACUUUCUAUGGCUCUACACCCAAUUACAUAACAACAGCCCAGGUAUCGUUGUGCCUCCGCCACCGGAGAAGCAAGCAUUGAAUCGUUUCGACGUCAAUUUCGUUGAAUCCAGGCGACAGGCGUUGGAGCGAAUGCUGAACAAGAUUGCUGCACAUCCGAUCUUGCAGCACGAUGGGGACCUCAAGCUGUUCCUUGAAAGCGAGUCUUUUACUGUCGACAUCAAACACAAGGAGCGAAAAGACCCUGGUCUUGGCGAAAGCAAAGGUGUCAUGGCAUCGAUUGGUUUCUCUGUUGGCAGUGGCAGCAAGUUCAUUGAACAUGACGAUUGGUUCCACGACCGCAAAGUCUACCUCGAUGCUCUCGAAAACCAACUCCGUGCUCUUCAGAAAACCACUGAUAUCGUUGUUGGCCAACGCCGGACCCUCGCCGAAGCCUGCCUCGAAUUUUCCACCUCCCUCUCCUCCCUCUCUGCGGUCGAGCUAUCCCCGUCUCUCUCGGGCCCAUUGGCCGCCCUUUCCGACGUGCAAAUGCGCAUCCGCGAACUCUGCGACCGACAAGCGCAGCAGGAUAUGCUGACGCUCGGAAUCGUAAUUGACGAGUACAUCCGUCUGAUCGGUAGUGUGAAGAUGGCAUUCGGACAGCGGCAAAAGGCGUACCACACAUGGCACGCGGCGGAGAGCGAGCUGCAAAAGCGGCGGCAGAGCCAAGAGAAAUUGCUGAGGCAGGGGCGGAGUCAGCAGGACAAGAUCACGCAGUUGCAGGCGGAAGUGGCGGACGUCGAGCGGAAGGUGCACCAAGCGCGGCUGCUGUUCGAGGACAUGGGCCGGCUGAUGCGGGCAGAGUUAGAGAAGUUUGAGCGGGAGAAGGUGGAGGAUUUCAAGAGCGGAGUAGAGACAUAUUUGGAAAGCGCGGUGGAGGCCCAGAAAGAGUUGAUCGAGAUAUGGGAGACUUAUCUCAUGCAACUCGACGCUGAUGAUGAUGGAGUUCCUUUCGGCCACCCCGGCGUCCCUGCCGGCAUCGUCGCAGAGCCACCAAAACCAACAUCGAGUAGCGAUGACCGACCGCAGAGCAAGGACACGGUAAGCAGUGAGGGGGACGAGACUAUCUCCGCUGCGGCGCCCGUGGCUGUCGAUGACCCUCAUGUGUAAGAAUUGUUAGCCAACAAAGAUUUAGUGCAUCGUGGUUUGAUUUCAUUCGAAUCGCAUCCUAGCGCCAGCACAUACUUUUAUCAUUCUUGUAUUUCCCC